AUGGAUACGGAACAGUUACUGGAUGAUAAUGGAUCUGAGGAAUUUUCAGAAGAUAUUAGAAUACAAGAGCUACAGUCUUUAGAAGCAAUAUAUUCUAAUACAGCAGACAUUGAUUAUAAAAACUUGACAGGAUCUGCCAUUAUUCCAAUACGGCUUGAAAAAGAUAUCGAAAUCAUAUUACAUGAUGGAAACUUACGGGUUUCAGAUAAACAAUUGCAAAUAGAUCUGGCUACUGAAAGUACGGAUAUGCAUGUAAGGAAAGAUAAAAUUAAAAACCUUCCUCCUGUACAGCUUACAUUCAGAGUAACUGAGAAAUAUCCUUUUGAAGAGCCACCAGAAUUCUAUAUUAAUACGACAGUCCUAUCCGAUAAUGAUGUGGAGUCGCUUUACACAAGUUUGCAUAAAUUGUGGGAUGAUUUUAAAGACCAAGUUCUUUAUGCACUGAUCGAUUUUAUACAAGAAAAAAUCGAUAACCAUCUAGAAACGCUAAUUGGUCCAGUGAUAGAUUGUGGUACUGACGUUGAGAAGUAUCGUAAUUUCCAGGAGUUUAACGUGUCAGAAGUGAAAUCACAGUUUGAUAACGAAACAUUUACUUGCGAUAUUUGUCAGGAUGACUUCAAGGGUGCAAAUUGCUCUAGGUUUGAUUCAUGUGGUCAUGUAUUUUGUAACAGUUGUCUUUAUGAUUAUUUUAUAUCGUUGAUUAAUACAGGAGAUAUUGACAAGGUCCACUGUCCUCAUUUUGAGUGUACCAAGAAGUUUAUCCAACUAAAAGAUAAGUACUUGAGAUUGGAUGGCAUAAAUAUAGAUACAUUCAACUUUAAUGAAUUUAAGGCUAAUAUCAUGACUCCACCUAUAUCCUUUGAGCUUUUAUCCAGAAUCUUGAAAUUUAAAGAUUCGGGCUCUAGUUCGGAAGAAAUGGUUAAAAGAUAUCAAGAUCUUUUCAUAAAACAACAGUAUGAUCUUAUUUCGAAAUUGUUUCCUGCUAGGUUGGUUUCAUGCCCUAGGACAGGAUGUCCAGAACAAAUAUUUAGGGAAAAUACAAGCGAUCCCUUAGUAAUAUGUCGAAGAUGCAAAUACGCAUUUUGCAAUGAUUGUCAUAAAUCGUGGCACGGUACUUAUUAUAAAUGCGUCAAAAAGGAUAAGAGUCAUAUGUAUUCUGAUAUUCCUCUAGAGGGAUUGGACUUGUGGUUAGAAAGUGGAGAAAAUUCAAAGGAACGAAUUAGAUUGGGAUAUCUUUAUGGAAAAGCUUUGAUCCGUAAAAUGGCCAACGAAUAUCUAAUGGACAAGAUGUUUAAUGAUAUGUUGAAUGAUGAAAACCAAGGUUUAAGAAAGUGCCCUACUUGCGAAAUCAUCAUUCAAAGGUUGGAUGGAUGUAAUAAAAUGUGCUGCUCCUCGUGUCGUACAUUUUUUUGUAAUUUAUGUGGUUGUUAUUUGGAUCACUCUCGACCUUACGACCAUUAUAAGAACUUUGAGAGUCCUUGUUAUGGUAGGUUGUUCGAAGGCAUGCCGGGACUAGAAGAUGAGUGA